AGAGGAGGGAGCAGUUGGCGUGGCCGAGUCGCGGCUAUUGAUCGUGGCUUCUGGCAUCCGGGCUGGUGGUGGGCUCUGUUUUCAUUGAUGGUUCCUGGUUCAUUUGCCGGCGAGGCGCUUUGGGUGUUACUUUCUGGCAAGCUGCAAAAUACUCCUGGCGUUUCCUUUCAGUUGAGGGUGGGCGGGCGAAGAAGCAUAUUUAACUUCUGGAGAAAACAUUGCUUGUGAUCAGCUGAGGAUAGUUCCCGAAAGUGAAAGAACUGAAGAACAAAAACACCAAAAUGAAGCACUUCCUGAGAAUGCUUGUCCAGGUUUGCCUGUACUUCUAUUGCAAAUGCUUAUGGCGCUGCCUGAAAUUCGUGGCGAGGAAACUGACGGGACGCUGCGAGUUGCAAAGGAUCUGCUACAGCACAAAGCCUGGCGCUGGCAGAACUAUGAAAAUCGAAUCGUCACUGAGAAGUUCAAAAAACAAGUUGCUCCAGAAUUCAGUCAGUGUUCAUCCAGAUGCUAUUGAAAAAACUAUAGAUGCCAUCAUGGAACUGAAGAGGAUUAAUCCAGAUGUAAACCCGCAGCUAGGUGUCUCUCUGCAGGCCUGCCUCCUACAGAUUGUAGGGUACAGGAAUUUGAUUGCAGAGGUGGAAAAACUGCGUAGAGAGCCCUAUGAUUCUGAGGAUCCCCAGCAUGAAGAAAUGCUUCUGAAGCUAUGGAAAUGCUUGAAACCUGAUUUCCCAUUGGAAGCCCGGAUUUCCAAGCAGUGGUGUGAAAUUGGUUUCCAAGGCGAUGAUCCUAAAACAGAUUUCAGAGGAAUGGGCCUCCUGGGGCUGUAUAACUUAUUAUAUUUUGCUGAAUGUGAUGCUGCUGCAGCUCAGCAAAUCCUCUCUGACUCCCUUCAACCAAGAUACAGGGAAGUCACUAAAGAGGAGCUCAGCAAAUUCAGCAAGGCUGAAUGGGAGAAGAAAAAGUUUGAUAAGGCCAUUGGCUACUCUUUUGCUAUUGUUGGCAUCAAUAUCACAGACCUUGCGUACAACCUGCUUGUGAGCGGUGCUCUGAAAACACACUUCUACAAUGUUGCUCCAGAGGCUCCAACGUUAUCCCAUUUCCAACAGACGUUCUGCUAUCUGAUGCACGAAUUCCAUAAAUUCUGGAUUGAGGAGGACCCCCUGGACAUCAUGGAGUUCAACCGCGUGCGAGAGAAGUUCCACAAGCGCAUUCUCAAACAGCUCCAGAAUCCGAAUAUGGCCCUCUGCCCUCACUUCGCUGCCUCAGAAAGCCUGAUCAACCUGUAGCUGUGAAACUUGGUUUGCUUUUUUGAAAACACUGCCUCAUUCUUGUGUUAUGCCACCAUCCUAGAGAUAAAUCGCUAAUGUAUUGAAUGACCAUAGCGAUGGUAUGCAUGCUUCUUGGUGCAGUAUUCAUCUCUCUCGCGCUCUCUCUCUUUUUCCAGCCAGCUCCUCAUACUGCUUCUUCUGAGGGGGGUGGUUUUGUAAUAAAGUUAUGAGAGCUCAUAUUGCGGCAUUUUGCAGUGUUAAGACAUUAUGAAUUGAUGUCCUGUAUGAAGAAGUUUGGUUUUCCCCCCUGGUUUUUUUAGACUUUCCCCACCACUCUCCUUGUGCCACCCCAUAAUUCAGCAUUUAAUUAAAGAACAGCAUUUCUCUAGCUGUUGGGGGUGUUUUGUAUAUGUGGAAUAUUUGAGUUGAAAAUUUGUAUUUGUGGACUGCUUUUGUUCUAUGAUAGCUAAGAACGUUUUUUGUUUUUUUAAUUAAAAAAACACACAUUAUGAUGCAGCUAAAGGGGAGUACUUUUAAAGGUCCCAUUCCCAGUGAAACCAGUGAGGCUGAAAAGCACUUAACUUCAGCUGAAUUGUGUCCUGUUUUUGUACAAUAUUUAGAAGGCAGUGUAUGUGACUUGCACCUCAUGCCAACAUAGUACAUUGAAGGCGAAGACUUUUUUCUCUCUCUCUCCAAGCAACCAUGCAUGUUUCAUGCAGUUUUUAAAAAAAUAAAGUUUAUGAUUAAAAUGUGGAGAUACAGUUGGCAUACGCAGGACAAGGGAUGAAUUCUGGGAAACUGUGUGUUGAGCAAGUUUGAGAACACUGACCACAUUGUGAUAGCAAAGACCAAAAAAUAAAUAAAUACACCAGUUAUUACAUGAGUAUCCAAGGAGGGUUUGUUUUCUCACAAGUUUGCAUUAGCCUACAGUUCAGCCUACUCCUGUUAUCAUGGCCAAAUUGAAAUAGCACUGCUUUGAAAACGCAGAGCUAAUAACAUGCAUUUCUAGGUGACAGAAUGUGACACAAAUUGAUCAUGUGUGUGCUUGAUUGCUUUAGGGGGGACCAAAAACACACACACACACAAAUCUAUAUUUUCUUCAUUUUUGAAGUAUUGAAUUUUAGGCCAAGAGAAAUAAAUUAACAAAGAGGCAUCGAAGAAAACAAAGUAACUGGCGGUUAAGCAUUGGACAAAGCGACUUUUUUUAAAAAAAAAAAAAAAAGCAAACAUGCACUUUCUGUACGGAACAUUCUCAUGUCAAGCCUGUUGGAACGGUUAGCUAAUGUACAUAUGUAUACAAUAGUGCUCAUGCGCACAUUUGGUUUGGGCAGGAAGCGGGGCCUGCAGAGGAGCAUUCCCUGUCGGAUUGUGACCAGCACCUCUGACACCAUAUGUAGCCUGUAUCAAAUCGUAUUUACCAUGGCACUUCAUACCCAUGGUAGCUUUUUACCUUCUGAAGUUUAGUAUUCCGGGUAGUUUGUGAAGUUGCUUGCCUAGCAAGAUUAAAUUUGAGGUAUUGCCUAAUUAUUUGUGGAUUAUAUGAAUAAAUUACGUCACUCCAAACAGGAA